GUCGUUUCAAGACACUUGAUUGGCUGAAAGAGAUGGUCACGUGACAUGAAACAACAAACUCAGGUUGCCUCGUGGAAGUUUGUUUGCAACUUUGACCGACUUUCAUGGGCUCAUGUUUUCUGGCAUUUCACACGAAAGACCACAUGCAGUUUUGAGUCCAUGAUAUUGAAUAGGGAGAUUUGCGAUCAGUGAGGGCCACAAAAGAAACAUUUUGGACAGAGUAACUGGACUUACAGUACCACACUCAUCCCAAAGGGAGACACGGGAAUAAGACUCACCAAGGCAGUUUGACACAAAGAUUAGGAGAUCAGUCACUUGAUAUUGGACCAUGCUGCACCAUGUGUGCCGUCGCCAUGAGGCAUGUCGCCACAUGUUCAAGCGUGUAGGUGGCGCUGUGUGCUCCAAUUGGCGACAUAUGAGUGAUGGUCAGAGAGUAGUUGCCAUUCGACGUGAGACCAUUAAUGUUUGGGAGAGAAGAGCACCGCUGUCCCCUAGUCAUGUGGCGAAACUUGUCAAAGAUGGGGUAAAGGUUAUUGUCCAGCCGUCCAACAGGAGAGCCUACAGCAUGCAGGAAUAUGCUAACAGGGGUGCUGUCAUCCAGGAAGACCUGAGUGAGGCAUCCCUGGUGAUCGGCGUGAAGCAGGUUCCCAUUGACCUCCUCAUGCCAGAGAAGACAUAUGCUUUCUUCUCCCACACCAUCAAGGCGCAGGAGGCCAACAUGUCACUGCUUGAUGCAAUUCUGGAAAAGAAUAUUCGCCUGAUCGACUAUGAGAAGAUGGUGGAUGAGGAGGGCCAACGUGUGGUUGCUUUCGGGAAGUAUGCGGGCGUGUCAGGCAUGAUCAACGUACUGCACGGGAUGGGGCUCCGCCUGCUGGCUCUUGGGCAUCACACUCCGUUCAUGCACAUCGGACCCAGUCACAACUACCGGAACACCGAGAUGGCCCGACAGGCUGUGCGGGACGCGGGCUACGAGAUCGCUCUAGACAGACUGCCUAAGUCACUUGGUACUCUCACAUUCGUGUUUACAGGCUCUGGGAAUGUCUCCAAGGGUGCUCAAGAAGUGUUUCAGGAGCUGCCGCACGAGUACAUCGAGCCAGAGUAUCUCCCCAAGGUUGCCAGACAUGGAGCUACAAACAAGGUGUAUGCUUGUGAAGUGAGCCGAAAUGACCAUUAUGUCCGGAAGGAAGGCGGGCCAUUCAAUGCAAAUGAAUUUGAGGAGCACCCUGAAAGAUAUGCCUCAGCUUUCAGUCAUAAGGUGGCGCCGUAUGCUUCCUGUAUCAUCAAUGGCAUAUACUGGGCACCGAAUGCCCCUCGUCUCCUGUCCAUCCCAGACGCCAAGGUGCUUCUACGACCGCAGGAAUCCCCGUGGAUCGCGUCGAGUGCGGGAUGCCCUCAACUCCCCCAUCGGCUCGUGGCCCUCUGUGAUAUCUCCGCCGACCCUGGCGGCUCCAUCGAGUUCAUGAAAGAGUGCACAACCAUUGACUCCCCGUUCUGUUUGUACGAUGCUGAACAGAACAUGGAGACAGAGAGUUUCGCUGGUGAUGGUGUCCUGAUCUGCUCAAUCGACAACAUGCCUGCCCAGAUCCCACGCGAGGCCACCGACUUCUUUGGGAGCCUCUUGUUGCCCUACGUUAAAGACAUGUUGAAAUCUGAAGCCAAACAUUCCUUCGAAGAGUAUGACUGUUCUCCUGUGGUCAGAAAUGCAGUGAUAGCUUCCAAUGGAUCUCUUGCCCCAAAUUAUGAAUACAUAGAUGUUCUCCGACAAAAAGCUAAGGACAAGAGGAGGGCAGGUCACAAGGCCCAGCGGACCUCCAGUGGCAUUGAGAAACGGGUGCUGGUUCUUGGUGCAGGCUACGUUGCUGGCCCGGCGGUAGACUACCUGUUACGCGACAACUCCACACACGUCACUGUGGCAUCCCAAUACAGCGAGGAGCUUGACGCCAUCAGUCAGAAAUGUCCGGCGGCGGACUGUUUGUUGAUGGACGUACAGCGGAGUCAGGAGGACCUGCAACGCCUUAUCCCUGAACAUGACUUGGUCGUCAGCUUGUUGCCGUAUGCGCUCCACCCCGACAUUGCCAAGCUGUGUAUUGACCACAAACGGAACAUGGUGACAGCCAGCUACGUGUCCCCAGCCAUGCAGAACCUCCAUCAAAGUGCCGUGGAUGCAGGUGUGACCAUCAUGAACGAGAUCGGUGUCGACCCUGGCAUUGACCACAUGAUGGCAAUGCAGUGCUUUGAUGAGGUCCGGAACGAUGGAGGAAAGAUCACGUCCUAUGUUUCCUGGUGUGGGGGGUUACCUGCCCCUGAAUAUUCGGACACACCCCUUCACUAUAAAUUCAGUUGGUUCCCAAGGGGUGUUUUGAUGAACUGUCUCGCAGGGGCCAAAUAUCUCAAAAACAAACAGAUGGUGGAGGUGUCACCCGGGGGAGGCCUCUUGGAGGCAGUGGAGCCCCUCCACUUCAUGCCGGGGUUCAACCUGGAGGGCUUCCCCAACAGAGACUCUACAGCCUACAUCAACAAGUAUGGUAUUGAAUCUGCCAAUACUGUGCUUAGGGGCACCAUCAGAUACCAGGGUUACAGCACAGCCAUCAAGGGUUUGAUGCAGCUUGGGCUGAUGGACUUGGAGCCUCAUCCUUCACUGCAUCCUGGUGGACCAGACAUCACAUGGAAGGGCUUUAUGAGCAACAUGUUCGGCAAGUCACAUGACAUAUUUGAGGACAGUCUGAAGGACCUGGUGUAUGAGAAGUUGGGGCGUAACAAGCACAUGCUUGACACUAUCAUCAGACUUGGCCUUCUGAUGGAUGAGAUCAUAGAGAAGAAGGGCAACCCCAUGGACACCUUCAGCUCCUACCUAGCCAGGAGGCUGGCCUACGGCCCGAUGGAGCGUGACCUGCUACUGAUGCGUCACGACAUCGGCAUCUCGUGGCCAGACGGGUCCCUGGAGCAGCGGCAGCUCAACCUGGUGGUGUAUGGAGACCAGGGAGGCUUCUCUGCCAUGGCUAAGACUGUCGGGCUACCUACGGCCAUCGCUGCCAAGAUGAUCCUAGAAGGCGAGAUUCAGGAGAAGGGCAUCGUCAUACCACUGUCCAGGAAUGUGUACCAGCCCAUCAUGUCCCGCCUCAACCAGGAGGGCAUUCAAGGCACCGAGAAGAUCAGAUUACUGUAACGUGUGUUAGGAUAGCACUAUUUUCUAGAGUGAAGGACAUCUGAUACACUCUCUACCCAGAAAUAAUAUAUUCACCGAUAAAAGAAACAUGAAAACCAUACAUGAAUUAAUAUAUGAAGAUUUACUCACAUUCAAGAGAUGUUAGAUUGGUUUAAAGCACAAACGAACAUACUGUCAAGUUGUGUGUACCGACGCCCAUGAACGCUUCACAUGUGACAACAUAGAUCCAUGACUUGAGAGUGCCAUUUGUCUCGUGCAUGAUUGGCGUGUAGAGUUUGAAAAUCCCGUGCAGCACAUCGUGAUAAGAAUACAGACACAGUGGUAACACCAGACUAGUUUUGUCAUUAAGUGGUACACAUUGGAAACAUCUCUUCUUAACGUACGUACUUCUCUAUAUGUUUCUAUGGUUCGCGUUUCUUUUGGUGGUGAGUAUACUUCUUUCUUAGGUGGAAGUAUCAUGUUGAGGUUUAUCAAGAAUGUAGAAUGUAGAAUCUGACAUGUUUUUAACGCUACAUCUUUGUAAAUCUGUGGUGUGUCAUGUGACAGGUCAGGUGAUGGAUCAGAGCCCCGAUUUGAGGACUGCAGGUUUCCGUUAGGCUGGAGUUGAUAAGAGCAUGAUACUGAAUGAAGGUGGAAGUACAAGGCUUAGAUCGCUUCAUGAUUUUUCUGGCCAAGAAUAUCUUACCAUUAAUGUUUGUUGACGUUCGUGAUGAAGUGUAAUCGAGUGAUUACAUUCUUUCACCUGGCUGUUACCAAACUUAUACAACUCAAAGAUGGUUAUAUAUCACCUUAUUCUUCCAUAUUACUAUAGUUACUAUGGCAAUUGUUUCAUAUUACUGUACUUAAUAUGGCGAUUUUUUUCAUAUCACUAUAGUUAAUGUAGCAGUUCUUUCAUAUUACUAUAGUUAAUAUGGCGAUUCCUUCAUAUCGCUCCACGAAAUGGAAGGGGGAUAUAAGAAUGGGUGUUGUCCGUCUGUCCGUCACGUUUUGUUUCCAGACAGAGCUAAAAAACCAUGAGAGAUAUCUUAACCAAACUUGGCACAUGGAUAGGUCUAGUGGUGAACUGAUGCCUUUUGAUAGUUUGGGAUUUAAAAAAAAAAAAAAUCAGUUUCCAUAGCAAUGACUUU